AGCAUCCUCCAGCACUGCACUCCUCUCACAGCCGCUGCAGCCCCGUCAGCCACACGCCGACCAAGGAAAAAUUGCCGCCAUGAGAAUUGCCAUGAUUUCCUUUUGCCUCUUGGGCAUGGCCUAUGCCCUGCCGAUUAAACACUCUGAAUCUGGCAGCUCUGAAGAAAAGCAGAAGAGCCCAGAUGAUCUGGCUGCAUGGCUAAGCCCUGACCCAUCUCAGAAGCAGAAUCUCCUAUCAGUAAAGGAUGAUGCAUCCUCUGAAGAAAAGAGUGACUUCAAACAACAGACCCUCCCGAGUAAGUUGCAGGAAAGUCAUGACCACAUGGAUGAUAUCGACGAGGAUGAGGACCACAACGACAGCCACAGCUUCAUCGACUCCAACGACGCUGACGAUGACGAUGACGAUGACAACCAGGCUGACGACUCCCAUCACUCCGAUGAGUCCCACCACUCUGAUGAGUCUGAUGAAGUGGUCACUGACCUUCUCACAGAGAGUCCGGCCACAACAGCUUUCACCGAAGUUGUUCCUACAAUAGAAACCUAUGACGGCCGAGGUGACAGUGUGGCUUACAGACUGAAGUCAAAGUCGAAGGUGUUGCGCAUCUCCACGGCCCAGUUUCUUGGUGCUGCAGAGGAUGACCUCAGCUCACACGUGGACAGCCAGGACAUGGAUGAUGCCCGCAAGGCCGUCCUCGUGGCUCAGCACCUGAAUGCACCUUUUGACUGGGACAACCAUGAUGACAGCAAGAUGGAUGACCAUGGCAUGGAAUCCCAAAGCCAUGAGCGGGUCAAACAGUACAAGCGAGACGUCAAGGAUGACAGCAUGGAGCGGCACUCCUAUAGCAUUGACAGCCGGGAAAGCUCCAAAGUCAGCCAGGAAUCCCACAGCCACGAAGACAUGCUGGCCAUCGAGCCAAAGAGUACGGAGGAAGAUAAACCUGGGAAAUCCAGCGUGUCUCAGGAGUUAGAUAGUGCUUCUUCUGAAAUCAAUUAAAAAAGAGAAGGAAAAUAGAAUUUCUCACCUUGCUUAUAGUAAAAAGAAAAAAAAAAGCACAAUAGCAAGAUGCCAGCCUAUUUGAAAUGUGAUGAAUGUGCACGUCAGUCAAUCUGGAAUAGAGGAUCUCUUUAAUCAACAGUGCAGCUUAUGGUUUUGUGUUAACACCCUCAUAAACUAGGAGCUUCAGCAUUUUGCCUGUGUUCUCCCCACAGAAGAAAUGUAAACUCUCCCCGCGUUUGAAUGUUGGUUUCCAGUUUAGAAACAGAAACUUAGGGAGAAGCAGACAUACUUUUACACACUUAAGAGAAAAUAUAACACUUUGUGUCACUAUGGUCUUUUGUUUUCCUAAUUAGUGUAUAUUUUGUUGUGAUUAUUAUAUUGCUGUGAAUAAAUCUUUUACCUUGAGUAUAAUGA